GAUGAGCUUUCCUCUAUGGCUGAAGUAACGAAGAAGUAUGCUGUUGUUACAGGAGCAAACAAAGGGAUUGGGUUCGAAGUUUGCAGGCAGUUGGCAACUCAAGGCAUCACGGUGGUGUUGACUGCUAGAAAUGAGAAGAGGGGGCUUGAAGCUGUUGAAAAACUCAAAGCCUCUUCCCUUUCUGGUUCUAUCAUCUUUCAUCAGCUUGAUGUGACUGAUUUAGCAAGUAUUGCUUCCCUUGCUGAAUUUAUCAAGUCCCAAUUUGGAAAGCUUGAUAUCUUGGUGAACAAUGCAGGGAUUGGUGGAGUUACAGUCGACAGUAAUGCUAUUAGAGCUGUAGCUGGAGCUGCCGGUGAGACAGGAGCAGGAGUCAACUGGACUGAGGUAGUGAUUCAGACCUACGAUUCAGCAGCAGAAUGUUUUCAAACAAAUUACUAUGGUGCCAAAAGAACUGCUGAAGCACUGCUUCCCCUACUCCAGCUCUCUGAUUCACCAAGGAUCGUUAAUGUAUCUUCUUUGUUGGGGAAGCUUAAGAACUUACCAAAUGUAUGGGCUAAAGGUGUACUCAGCGAUGUUGAAAACCUCACAGAAGAGAGAAUUGACCAAGUGCUGAAUGAGUUCCUCAAAGAUUUCAAGGAGGGAUGUUUAGAAGCCAAAGGCUGGUCUGGUGCAUAUAUGGUCUCUAAAGCAGCCAUGAAUGCCUACACAAGGAUUCUAGCCAAGAAAUAUCCGAGUUUUCAGAUUAAUUCCGUGUGCCCCGGAUAUGUUAAAACCGAUAUCAACUUCAAUACUGGUUAUUUAACGGUAGAAGAAGGUGCGGAGAGCCUGGUGAGGCUGGCAGUGUUGCCUGAUGAUGGGCCUUCUGGCUUGUUCUUUGAUAGGAAGGAAGUCUCAUCUGUCGACGAAUCUUCAUCAAUGGCUGAAACACCCAAAAGGUAUGCUGUUGUUACAGGGUCAAACAAAGGGAUCGGGUUCGAGGUUUGCAGGCAGUUGGCAGCUCAAGGUAUCACAGUGGUGUUGACUGCUAGAGAUGAGAAAAGGGGGCUUGAAGCUGUUGAAAAACUCAAAGCCUCUUCCCUUUCUGGUUCUGUCAUCUUUCAUCAGCUUGAUGUGGCUGAUUCAGCAACUGUUGCUACCCUUGCUGAAUUUAUCAAGUCCCAAUUUGGCAAGCUUGAUAUCUUGGUGAACAAUGCAGGAGUUAGUGGAAUCACUGUUGACCGUGAGUCUCUGAAAGCUUCCCCUGGGGCUGCCUCUGAGACCGGAGGUUCAAAAACCAAUUUGAGUGAGAUAAAAAUGAUUCAGACCUAUGACUUAGCAGCAGAAUGUCUUCAGAUAAACUAUUACGGUGCCAAAAGAACUACUGAAGCACUGCUUCCCCUACUCCAGCUCUCUGAUUCACCAAGGAUUGUUAAUGUAACCUCUUCGUUGGGGAAGCUCGAGAACAUUCCAGAUGAGUGGGUUAAAGGGGUACUCAGCGAUGCAGAGAACCUUACAGAAGACAAAAUCGAUCAAUUGCUGAAUGAGUUCCUCAAAGAUUUCAAGGAGGGGUCUUUAGAAGCCAAAGGCUGGCCUAAAUAUAACGGUGCAUAUAUUAUCUCUAAAGCAGCCUUGAAUGCCUACACAAGGAUUCUAGCCAAGAAAUACCCGAGUUUUCGGAUCAAUUCCGUGUGCCCCGGAUACGUUAACACCGAUAUCAACUUCAAUACUGGUCAUAUGACAGUAGAAGAAGCUGCGGAGGGCCUGGUGAAGCUGGCAUUGUUGGCUGAUGAUGGGCCAUCCGGCUGCUUCUUUGAAAGGAAGGAAGUCUCAUCUUUCUGAAGAAUAAUAAGUAUGAGUGUGAGGGUAUGUAGAAUUCAUCUUUAAGUUUCUCCUCAACUUCCUCUGAUGAUGUUGUGGAAUAGUUUAUGGCGCAUGAAAAUGUUUGUAAUAAGUGUUUGUUUGGAUUCCAGUAGUGUGUUGGCUGAUUCAGUUGUUCAGCAGAAAUGGCUCCAAACCCAAAUUAUAUGUAAAAUGACUAUUUGCAUUUAAAUUUUUAGCUAAGUUUUUUCA